GCUGAAGCUUUCGGUCGUGGGGCUCAUCAUUGACCGCAGAGCGAAAGCCUGUUUGUCAAUCGAAAGUUUUUUCCGCCGCCCACCCGCUCUCCUGUUGCCUUUCUUUUCAAGAAGUCGGCUCUGCGUGUGUGAAGAGGGCCCGACACAGGCCCUGGAUUCGCGAGAGGUCGUGCACAGUGAGGCUCUAAUCGAGUAGUUGGCACUGCUCUGUGCUCACCUGGCGGUGAGCAGGCGGCGUAGUCCUUUUUCACAAGCCGACUCGUCAUACGCGUCUCGAGCGAAUCUGACCGUAUUAUCAUUAACAUUAUCGUCAUUCGAGGGCGAAGGCCAAAAGGCAAAGGCCGCUACCGUUAUCUGCCAGCUGGGCUUUUAUCUUUUCCCGCUCUAGCGCGAUCGGCUGGAGCUUGGGACGGCGCCGGACUCGCAGAGAUCGCCCCUGGUCAGAACUUCCAGUCAUCCAUCGCCUUUUCCUGUUUGCGGGGAGCCAAAAGGAAAAAAAAAAAAAUAAGACUCAAUCUCGCAAUCCCCCAGUCCUUCCAACCCUUUCUUCUCCCUACACCCCAAAGAGAGUCAAUUGCUCUCCAAAUCUCUCGCUCCGUCCAGUGAGCACCCCAAUUGAGCGCUUCGACCGCUCUCUAGAUAUCCAACCAAGACAUUCGAAACGUACCGGCCCGCUCACAACCAUGGCGUCGGCCGCCCUUCGACUCAUCCGCCCUACACGCCAUGUGCUACAUCAGCAAUGCCACGGCACACCUGGCCGUGUUCCUCAAACGGCGCUGAGGAGCUUCACAACCUCGCGGCUCGUGCCGUACUACCAGAGACACGCGAACCGUAGCGGGUUCGAGAACAACUCGAAACCGAGCGUACACCGCCAAUUGCGCUGUUACUCCCAAAAGCCCAUCAAAAGGAACGCGUCCGAAGAGGCUCCCAACGCCCAGGCGUACCUCAACUCCGGUGCCAUUGCUGGUGCGAGGGAUCUUGUCGACGUUAAGAAGGUGCUUGUUAUCGGUAGCGGCGGGUUGGCAAUUGGUCAGGCGGGUGAAUUCGAUUAUUCUGGUUCUCAGGCUCUAAAAGCGCUCAAGGAGGCCGGCGUUGCCUCCGUGCUCGUUAACCCUAAUAUUGCAACUAUUCAGACUUCCCACGUCCUCGCGGACGAAAUCUACUAUUUACCCGUCACUCCAGAGUACGUUACAUAUGUCAUCGAGCGCGAGCGUCCCGAUGGCAUCUUCCUCAGCUUUGGUGGUCAGACUGCUCUGAACCUUGGCGUUCAGAUGCAGCGCAUGGGUAUCUUCGAAAGGUACGGCGUCAAGGUUUUGGGCACCAGCAUCCGCACGCUUGAGGUUUCCGAGGACCGAGACCUGUUCGCCCAGGCGCUCAAGGAAAUAAACAUCCCUAUUGCUGAGUCUAUCGCCGUGAGCACGGUCGAGGAUGCUCUUGACGCCGCCGAAAAGGUCGGCUACCCAAUCAUUGUCCGCGCCGCGUAUGCUCUUGGUGGUCUCGGGUCCGGUUUUGCAAACAAUCCGGAGGAACUCAGAAACCUGUCUGCCCGCUCUUUGACGCUCUCUCCCCAAAUUCUUGUCGAGAAGUCGCUCAAGGGCUGGAAAGAGGCUGAGUACGAAGUGGUCCGUGAUGCCAGUGACAACUGCAUCACUGUCUGCAACAUGGAGAACUUCGAUCCUCUCGGAGUGCAUACCGGUGAUAGCAUUGUCGUCUCCCCGAGUCAGACGUUCAGUGAUGAGGAGUACCACAUGCUUCGAUCUGCCGCCAUCAAGAUCGUCCGUCAUCUUGGUGUCGUUGGAGAGUGCAACGUCCAGUACGCUCUGCAACCCGAUGGCCUUGAUUACAGAGUCAUUGAGGUCAACGCCCGUCUGUCUCGCUCGUCCGCCCUGGCUUCCAAGGCUACCGGUUACCCACUGGCAUACACUGCCGCCAAGAUCGGUCUCGGCCACACGCUACCCGAAUUGCCCAACGCUGUGACCAAGACUACAACGGCCAACUUCGAGCCUAGCUUGGACUACAUCGUCACAAAGAUGCCUCGUUGGGAUCUGAGCAAGUUCCAGAAUGUCAAGCGUGACAUUGGCAGCUCCAUGAAAUCUGUCGGCGAGGUCAUGGCCAUCGGUCGAACGUUCGAGGAGUCCUUCCAGAAGGCCUGCCGUAUGGUCGAUCCCAGAUUCCAUGGUUUCCAAGGAGACAAGUUUGAAGACCUUGAUGAGGUGCUGCGCAACCCAACCGACCGUCGCUGGCUCGCGGUCGGAACCGCCAUGUUCGAGCACGGCUACAGCGUUGAGAAGCUCCACGAGCUGACCAAGAUCGACCGAUGGUUCUUGCACAAGUUGCAGAAUAUUGUGGAUACGACUCGCGAGCUCGAGGAAAUCGGCAGUCUGUAUGGCCUGAAGAAAGAGCUGCUGAUGAAGGCAAAGAAGCAGGGCUUCUCCGACAAGCAGAUCGCGAAGGCUGUCAAUAGCACCGAGAAUGAGGUGCGUGCUCGCAGGCUGAGCUUCGACAUCAGACCCUUCGUUAAGCGCAUCGACACCCUUGCCGCUGAAUUCCCAGCGGAGACAAACUACCUGUACACUACAUACAAUGCCACCACUCACGACGUGGAGUUCACUGAUCAUGGUGUCAUCGUGCUCGGAAGCGGUGUGUACCGUAUUGGCAGCUCAGUCGAGUUUGACUGGUGCGCUGUAAACGCUACGCAAUCCCUUGGCAAACUAGGCAAGAAGACCAUCACGAUCAAUUACAAUCCUGAGACCUACAGCACUGAUUUCGACGUUCCGGACAGACUUUACUUCGAGGAGCUCAGUUACGAGCGUGUGAUGGACAUCUACGAGCUUGAGGCUGCUAGCGGUGUCGUUGUGUCUGUCGGUGGUCAAUUGCCACAAAACAUUGCUCUGAAGCUCCAGGAAGAUGGCAAAGCCAAGAUUUUGGGUACGGAUCCAAAGGACAUCGACAAGGCCGAGGACAGACACAAGUUCUCUCAAAUCCUUGACAGCAUUGGUGUCGACCAGCCCGCCUGGAAAGAGCUUACGUCACUCAAGGAUGCGGAGGAAUUCGCCGACUCUGUGGGAUAUCCUGUUCUUGUCCGUCCGUCCUACGUGCUCUCUGGUGCUGCCAUGACUGUCGUCCGCUCGAAGGAGGAACUUGCCGAGAAGCUUACCGCUGCUGCUGACGUCUCACCAGAUCAUCCUGUUGUCAUUACCCAAUACAUCGAGGGCGCCCAGGAAAUUGAUGUUGAUGCUGUCGCUUCGAACGGCAAGCUCCUCAUCCACGCAAUUAGUGAGCACAUCGAGCAAGCUGGCGUCCAUUCUGGCGAUGCCUCUCUGGUUCUUCCUCCGCACACCCUCUCUGCGGAAGUGCAAGAACGUGUCAAGGAAAUUGCUGUCAAGGUUGCUGAAGCAUGGAAAAUUACCGGUCCAUUCAACAUGCAGAUUAUAAAGGCUGAUGUCGAGGGUCAAUCCGAACCCGCCCUCAAAGUUAUCGAAUGUAACCUUCGUGCCUCUCGAUCAUUCCCAUUCAGCUCCAAGGUCCUUGGAACAAACUUUAUUGAGGUUGCCACCAAAGCUUUGGUCGGCAAGGACGUCCCAGAGCCUGUUGACCCCAUGAAGGAAAAGAGAGAUUACCUUGCCGUCAAGGUGCCUCAGUUCUCAUGGACGCGUCUGGCGGGCGCUGACCCCUUCCUCGGUGUUGAAAUGGCCUCGACCGGCGAAAUGGCAUGUUUCGGCAAGGACCUCAUCGAGGCUUACUGGACAGCGGUGCAGUCGACUAUGAAUUUCCGUCUCCCCCUUCCAGGUGAAGGCCUUCUCUUCGGCGGCGACUUGUCCAAUGACAACCUGCCAACCAUUGUAAAGUACGUGCAGCCACUCGGCUACAAGCUGUAUGCUGCCAAUGACGAGUGUAAGAAAUUCCUCGAGAGCAAGGUCCCAGGCGCUUCUGUCGAAUCCAUCGAAUUCCCCAAGGAGGACAAGCGUGCCCUGCGACAAGUCUUCGAGAAGUAUGACAUCCGUGGCGUGUUCAACCUUGCCAAGGUCCGGGCCUCGAGCUUGGUUGACGAAGACUACGUAAUGCGUAGGAAUGCUGUUGAUUUCGGCGUUCCCUUGUUCAUGGAGCCCCAGACGGCCAUGCUCUUUGCUCGAUGCAUGAGCGAGAAGCUGCCCAAGAAGGAAGGCAUUCCAAGCGAAGUCCGCAGGUGGAGCGAGUUCAUCGGCGGCAAGCCUUUGUAGAGGUCAAACGUACAUUUUCGGGGUGGAUUCACAAUCGAAAUGGUUCGCGCAUACCUCCUUUGGAGAUGAUGCAUAUCUGUACUUCAGUCGAGCGAAGAGCAAUUGGAAAUUAAAAAUCAUGCAUACAGUUUGAGCGAACUAGAGAUAUGCUCGAGGCCAAUAAAAAUCGUACUGUGACCGUGUAAAA